UAUAUAGAAGCAACUACUUCAGACACAGUGACUAUACAACUCUGCUAAAGGCCUAGGACAGAAAGAAUGCCUCGGAAGAUAUGCACAGACUGCGGGGGACAAUAUGGCAGAUAUAGAUUGAAAGAGAUACGUGGUGAUCUCCCCUGUGAAGAGUGUGCUCAAGUGAGAAGACAGAAUUUAGUAACGCAAGCAGAGGCUGCAAGACAGGCCAGGCAGAGGGAGGAGGAUGAUGCCCAACAUGCCAGACAGUUGGAGAUGAGGAAGGCAGAGCUGGAAGCUGAGGUGCAGAAGACUAGAGAACAGGAGGAAACAAAGCGUUUGGUAAAAGAGGCUGAAGAAAGAAUUAAGCAGCUCGAGAUUCAGCAACAACUGCAGCUGGCUGAGAUACAAAACAUUGGAGCCAAAGCUAAACUGAGACUGGAGGAAGAAAAGACGAAACAAAAGCAGCUGGAAUAUCAGGACAAAAAAGAACAAAUGGAUGAACGGGCAAGAGAAUUGAAGCUGGAGCGCGAGAUAAACGCUGCUAAAUCAGAACUCGAUGUGUGGCUUGUACAAGAGAAAAGCAAGCGGGUGAACGCUCAAAACGAGCAAAAGAAGCUGGAUCUUGCUGCAAAAAUAGUGACAAGGCUGGCAGAUAUUGGCACCGACAAAGCAACGAUCAAUGCUCAGCUCCGGAUGAUGCUUGGAGGGGAGUGUCCACCUGAAAAGACUGGAAAGGUAAACUUGUCGCCGCCACCAAACACCAUACAGUUUAGGUUCCUCGAGAAUACGACAAAAUUACGGCGGAGAGUGAGCAAGCGAUGGAGCAUACAUUCUACAUGACAUGAUGAUACGUACAAUCUGUAAAUGCUCUGGAGUGACAUACAUGUAACUACAGAGCAGCUAGUCCACAUUAUUUAUUAUCACUAGA